AUGACCGCCUCAUUUUCCCGCCUCGUCCGCUUCAUCCCCAAAUCCGACCCCUCCAAAGUCCUCAUCGGCGAGCCCGUCGACCCCAAUGUCGACGUCGGCCUUACCCUCUACGACGGCAAAGACGUCGCCGUGAGGACGUAUUCCGGCUCGUCGAUCUUGUCGCCGGGCAAGCGGACGGAGACGGUCGAGACGAUUGCGAGGGUGCUCUCGCCGCUGGCGCAGGAGGAGGUUGGGACGAUACGGUGUAUUGGGUUGAAUUACGUCUCCCACGCCGCAGAAAUGAACCUCGCCAUACCCGACAUCCCGACAAUAUUCCUCAAGCCCGCCACCGCGCUGGCAGACCCGUGGCCCGCGCCCUCGAUCCUGCCCAAGAUCACGCAGCGCGACAGCACGGGCGACUACGAGUCAGAGCUGGCGAUCAUCAUCGGCAAGACGGCCAAGAACGUGUCGGAGCAGGACGCGCUGGACUACGUGCUGGGGUACACGGCGGCCAACGACGUGUCGAGCCGCACGGCGCAGACGAGCCAGAGCCAGUGGUGUUUUUCGAAGGGGUUUGAUACGGCGUGUCCGUUGGGUAGGAGCAAGCCUCAAACAAGCCUAGAUUCUGUCUGUCUGUCUGACACGGCUAUCUAUACAGGCCCCGUCGUCGCAUCAACCUCGCUGGUCCCUGACGUAUCGAAGCUGCGCAUUCGAGGAGUCAAGAAUGGAAAGGUCAUGCAAGACUGCGGAUUAGAAGACAUGAUCUUCACCGUCCCCCAACUGGUCAGCUUCCUCUCGCAGAGCACCACCCUACCCGCAGGAACGGUCAUCCUGACCGGCACACCCCCUGGCGUUGGAGCGGCGAAGAAGCCUCCCGAGUUCCUGAAAGCAGGGGACGAGUUCCGGGUGCAGUUGGAGCCUACACACAAUAAUAUAAUACUCCGUAUACAAACAAGUGUGGGACGUGUGGGACAUUACCUGCUAGGACAGCUAUAUUCCGGACAGACAGAUUCUUGA